UGUGCUUGGUGUUUGUGUUUGUGUAAGGCGGUAAGAUGAUUGAUGUCCAGUAACACACGUAUAGAGAGUUGAUCAAGAAAGAAGCAAACCUUUGACUUUUAUUGCUUGUUAAUAAUAAGAAUUGUCCAGAACACAAUUAGUAUUGCGUGUGUAGUGAAAACAGUGCCUAUCUUAGUGUCUGAUAAUGAACGCGAGAAAUGUGUUUCUAGUUUCCUUCUUAAUCACUGCAGUUGCAUUUUAUUUACACGAGUACCAUUUAUCUACAUUAGUCAAUGUUUUCAAGUUUUCGCCUUAUUUGAAUAGCGUCAUGAUAAGUGUUCAUAAUGUGUUACUAACUUGGUUUGGAAAUGUUAGGAGUCAAGAAGAUUUAGGCGUCAAAAACAAGCUGAAAUCUACGACGUUAUUUACUCCUGAGGAUCUGAAGAAAUUUAAUGGUGAACGUGGUUUAUAUUUAUCAAUUAUGGGCAAAGUUUAUGAUGUAGGAAAAGAGAACAAGCAUUAUAAGGCCGGUGCAGACUAUCACUUUUUCACAGAUCACCCUGAUCAAUAUGUGUUUUGAAUUGAUUAUUAACGUGAAAGGCAUACUGUGAAAUAUGGUCGUCGUCGUCCACACCUACUGUUGUUGCCGAACAAAUACAUUAGUUUUGUUUGAAAGACGAGAUGCAUCUAGAGCCUUUGUCACUGGAGAGUUCACUGAAAGUGGUUUGAUUGAUGAAGUACUGGAUUUGUCACCAGAAGAAUUAAAAAGCUUAUCAGACUGGGCAAAAUUUUAUCAAACACAAUACAAGUACAAAGGUAAACUCCUUGGGCGGUAUUAUGAUGCUGAUGGUAAAGCUACACCAUACUUACGUGAAGUGCAGAAAAAGAUCAAACAAGCAAAAGCUAGAGAAGCUGAUACAAAUAAACUGAAGCUUAUGUUUCCUCCAUGCAAUGUUGAAUGGAGUCAUGAUACAGGAAGUAGAGUUUGGUGCUCAACAAGAAGUGGUGGCAUUGAAAGGGACUGGGUUGGUUCACCAAGACAGUUUUAUGAACCUGGAUCCUCGGCUUACAGAUGUGCUUGCAUAAAUAUGCAGGAGGCAGAAACAUUGCCAAUGUUAGGCAAUAUUCGAGAAUAUGAGGAUUGUGAUCCACAUGCUACUAGUUGUCAUAUAAAGAGUUGAUGUAUGUUACUUGUGAUGAAUAACAUUCCAAACAUGUUUUUGUAUAAACUAACCCUUUAGAUGGACUUUCUUACGGAGUUCAGUGUCCAAAUAUUUUAUUGUGAUAUUUACAACUAUGCCUGUCAGUGGACUUGGAAAGCUGGGUCCUGGUACAAUGCAGCUAUUGAUUGUUUUUGCCCAUGAA